AUGCCACCUCAACAUAAACCAGCUCAGACGGAAAUAGCUGAUGAAAAAUCUUGCAUCUGUAAUGCUCACAUAUUCCUGAACAGAACGAUAGUCCCAGAGAUGUUUAUAAGAGACGACACUGUGGAAAGUCUACAAGUCAACAAUGGUCUUACGCUUAGUGAUCUCCCUCUGCAUAUGCUGAAUAACAUCUUGUACAGGUUCUCUGAUGGCUGGGACAUUAUUACUCUGGGUCAAGUGACCCCAACUUUGUACAUGCUCAGUGAAGACAGACAGUUGUGGAAAAAACUCUGCCAGUACCAUUUUGCAGAAAAGCAGUUUUGUAGGCAUUUGAUUCCGUCAGAGAAAGGUCACAUUGACUGGAAGCUGAUGUACUUCGCACUUCAGAAAUAUUACCCGAUAAAGGAGCAGUACGGGGACACCUUGCAUUUCUGUCGGCACUGUAGUAUCCUCUUCUGGAAGGACUACCACCUUGCUUUGUUACUGCAGGAUACAGGACACCCCUGCACGGCCAGUGAUCCAAACACCUGUCUGAUGCCCGUAUCUCCUCAGCAUUUCAUCGAUCUCUUCAAAUUCUGA